AUGACGACUCCUGUUACCGAGUGUCUGCUUUAUAUCAGAUACCGGGCCGGGCGCAUCCUCUGCGGUUUUUCGUUUAGUGUCUACACUGAAACACGCGUUUUAAUUGGUACGUUCUCUAUCUUUCAGGCCUUGGACGUGGACCGGAUGGUUCUGUACAAAAUGAAGAAAUCCGUGAAAGCCAUAAACAUCUCGGGGCUGGCACACGUGGAGAACGAGGAGCAGUACGCCCAGGCCCUGGAGAAGCUCGGCGACAGCUGCGUGUGCAGAGGUGACCCGGACUUAGGGAGCGCGUUCCUGAAGGUCUCGGUGCUCACGAAGGAGUUGACGGCGCUUUUCAAAAACCUGAUUCAGAAUAUGAACAACAUCAUCUCCUUCCCUCUGGACAGUUUGCUGAAGGGCGACCUCAAAGGAGUGAAAGGGGAUCUGAAAAAGCCUUUUGAUAAAGCUUGGAAGGACUACGAAACCAAAAUAACCAAAAUCGAGAAGGAGAAGAAGGAGCACGCCAGGCUGCACGGGAUGAUCCGCACGGAGAUCAGCGGGGCGGAAAUCGCGGAGGAGAUGGAGAAGGAGAGGCGGAUCUUCCAGCUGCAGAUGUGCGAGUAUCUGCUGAAGGUCAAUGAAAUUAAGAUUAAAAAGGGAGUGGACUUACUUCAGAAUCUGAUCAAAUAUUUUCACGCCCAGUGCAAUUUUUUCCAGGAUGGACUGAAAGCAGUAGAAAGCCUCAAGCCUUCCAUCGAAACACUGUCAACAGACCUUCACACGAUCAAACAGGCCCAGGAUGAAGAAAGAAGGCAAUUGAUACAGCUUCGAGAUAUUUUGAAAUCAGCCUUGCAGGUCGAACAGAAAGAGGAUUCACAGCUUCGCCAGAGUGCAGCCUACAGCUUACAUCAGCCCCAGGGCAACAAGGAGCACGGCACGGAGCGGAACGGCAGCCUCUACAAGAAAAGCGACGGGAUCCGAAAAGUGUGGCAGAAACGGAAAUGUUCCGUCAAAAAUGGGUUUCUGACGAUAUCCCACGGGACUGCUAACCGGCCCCCUGCGAAGCUCAACCUACUAACCUGCCAGGUGAAGAGCAGCCCUGAGGAGAAAAAGUGUUUUGACCUUAUUUCACAUGACAGGACGUACCACUUCCAAGCAGAGGACGAGCAGGAGUGUCAAAUAUGGGUGUCUGUGCUUCAGAACAGCAAGGAAGAAGCGCUGAACAACGCGUUCAAGGGCGACGACAGCACCGGAGAGAACAACAUCGUCCAGGAGCUGACCAAGGACAUCAUCUCCGAGGUCCAGAGGAUGACGGGCAACGACAUGUGCUGCGACUGCGGGGCGCCAGAUCCCACGUGGCUUUCCACCAACCUGGGCAUUCUGACCUGCAUCGAGUGUUCCGGGAUCCACCGGGAGCUGGGGGUUCACUACUCCAGGAUGCAGUCCCUGACGUUAGAUGUGCUGGGAACAUCCGAGCUGCUGCUCGCCAAGAAUAUUGGGAACGCAGGCUUUAACGAGAUUAUGGAGUGUUGCCUUCCAGCCGAGGACUCGGUCAAACCCAACCCUGGCAGCGACAUGAACGCCAGGAAGGACUACAUAACCGCCAAGUACAUUGAGAGGAGAUAUGCAAGGAAAAAACACGCGGAUAACGCGGCGAAGCUUCACGGCCUGUGCGAGGCCGUCAAAACAAGAGAUAUUUUUGGAUUACUCCAGGCGUAUGCUGAUGGCGUGGAUCUUACAGAAAAAAUCCCGCUGGCCAAUGGACAUGAGCCGGAUGAGACCGCCCUCCAUCUGGCCGUCAGAUCCGUGGACCGGACCUCCCUUCACAUCGUAGACUUUUUGGUUCAGAACAGUGGGAACCUGGACAAGCAGACGGUGAAAGGCAGCACGGCCCUGCACUACUGCUGCCUGACGGACAACGCCGAGUGCCUCAAGCUGCUCCUGCGCGGCAAGGCGUCCAUCGAGAUAGCCAACGAGUCAGGAGAGACCCCGCUGGACAUCGCCAGGCGCCUCAGGCACGAGCACUGUGAGGAGCUGCUGACCCAAGCCUUAUCUGGAAGGUUCAAUUCCCACGUCCACGUCGAGUAUGAAUGGCGACUGCUCCAUGAAGACCUGGAUGAGAGCGAUGACGACAUGGACGAGAAACUGCAGCCCAGUCCCAGUCGGCGAGAAGACCGGCCCGUCAGCUUCUACCAGCUGGGCUCCAACCAGCUGCAGUCCAACGCUGCGUCUUUGGCCAGAGAUGCCACCGGCCUGGUCAAGGACAAGCAGAGGAGCUUCGUGCCCAGCAUCUUGCAGAACGAGACGUAUGGAGCCAUCCUGAGUGGCAGCCCGCCACCCAGCCAGACCGCAGUCCCCAGCACCACCAGCGCCCCGCCCCUCCCCCCGCGGAACGUUGCCAAAGUUCAGACAGCCUCCUCCUCCGCUAACGCCCUGUGGAAGACAAACUCUGUAAGUGUGGACGGUGUAAGCAGGCAGCGGUCUUCGUCAGAUCCGCCAGCCGUCCACCCACCGCUGCCCCCUCUCCGCGUGACAUCGACCAAUCCUCUGGGUCCCACGCCGCCCCCUCCAGCAGCAAAAACGCCCAGCGUGAUCGAAGCCCUGAGUCAGCAGAGCAAGCCUGCGCAGCCUGGGGUCCCGCUGAGCAAGGCCACGCCCCCGCCUCUGCCCCCGCAGCCACCCAGCCGCCUCCCGCAGAAGAGGCCUGCUCCGGGGAUGGACAAGACGACCCCACUGGUCAACAAAGGCCAGCCGAGAGGACCUGUGGAUCUCUCUGGAACAGAAGCUCUGGGUCCUCUGUCCAACACCGCGGCCGUGCAGCCCCCCGCGCCCAUGCCCAGGAAGUCACAGACAACCAGGCUGAAGCCGAAGCGGGUCAAGGCGCUGUACAACUGCGUGGCCGACAACCCAGACGAGCUGACGUUCUCCGAGGGCGACGUGAUCAUCGUGGACGGGGAGGAGGACCAAGAGUGGUGGAUCGGCCACAUCGAUGGAGAUCCCAGUCGCAAAGGAGCAUUUCCUGUAUCUUUUGUGCACUUUAUUGCCGACUAAACUGCUACCGAGCAAAAACACUUAACAGUUAUGAUGUUCCUGUUUCGUUAUUGGUACCCAAACUCUCGCCAGAGAAUCAGUUUCACGAAUUGUACGGUAGCUCACUUUCUCAAAUGCCACUGUUCUGUUUUUAAAACUCAAAGGCAAUUUAUAAAUUGUUUUUAUAAUUUUUGAUUUUCAUAAAACAUUGCUAUACUUUUGUUAGGAAAAACUGAAUUUCCUAAAAGGUGAACUGAAAAGUCGUUUUAACUACAUAAUCAAGAUCCUGAGUCUAUAGAAUUAGUUGACCCUAAAAACAUUUGAGUAUUGGAAGGAAUUCUUCCUGCUUCCCUUGGCCCAUUUUCGAAGUCGGUGACCUUUAGCAUAAUUACUGUUUUAGGAAGUUAGUAAACUGUUGCCAGCCUGGACUUUCUAGACAAAAUGCUAUCGGUUCGCCAUGACAGACUUUUUUUUAGAUAUUGUUCGAGAUUUCCUUUGAAAUCCACCCAGUGUUUACUUAAAGCAACUUGGAAAUGUACACAUUCGCGUUGUACUUUCCAACUAAUUUGUGAGGUUGCAGCUCUCACUGUAUUCUGCAUGUAUGUGUAACCUAUUGUGAGCAAUCCUACUUAACAAAACUGCCAAUAGUUUGUUAGGGCAGACGAUAAUAGCAGAUAAUUCAGUUCCAGGUGAUAUAAAACUGCAUUUCCUGAAUUUGGUUAAAAACUAAGGAUGAUGGAUUGCAAAACAGUUAUUUAAACUCAUUGAUAUGCUUUAGGUGUUUUUGGAGUUUGCCUCACAGGUAGAGUACCACGGCACAGACCCUGCUGUAUGACCACCUACUUCCUGUUUCCUGAGUGUCACACUGCCCUCCCUUCCUAGCUCAUGAGAAUGUUUACUCAGCUUAGUGUCUUGUAUUUAUAUAAUAUACCAGCAGUAAUGGUAGUAACACUGUUUUGAAAUUUAAUCUGUCCAUUUGUUUGUCAUCAAGAGCAUAGCAGAAAUCUGUAGGUCCCAGGUAAUGAGAUACUCCAGGAGACCCGUUUUAUGGUUGAUGCCCCAUCUUACCAUUCUUAAGCUAACGGGGCUGGGGGGAAUAGGUUGUGUAUGAUACAAUCAGAAUUCAUUAGUUUAAUGAACUUGACCGUCAUACCUCUAUUUAGUCAUUGUGAGCCUAAGUUCAUAGGAGGAAUAUUAGAAAUUUUGGCACUCUUUGAGAAUAGGCAUUUAAUGCCCACUUGGAUUUUGACCAAAAGUAAAGGAAUAAAUAAGUAUAGGCUUGGAAAGCAAGGUGGUGAUGCUUUUAUUGCAUUUGCUAUGAUGGUACAUUUGAUUGAAGCAGCCUGUCUUUAUUAUGCAAGACUCUUGUAAGUAUAGAGUUUUUGUUUUUUUUAAUUGCAUUGUAUUUUUUGUUGCUAUUAUAAAGGAAGACAGAACAAACUGGAAUGUUUUACGAUGUUGUAUGGCAACUGCUUUUUGCCUUUCAAAGUUCCGGGUAAAAAUCUGUAAUUAAAGUCUUUUUUUAAGCACUACAUCUAUUUUCACUAAUGGUUAAUUUGUUUCUGAACCCUUCAUUUAGUUAAUUCUCUCAUAGGUUUAAGAAAGUAAACAGAUGUAUUUGGCACAGUGCACUUAUUAUGUAUAUUUUAACACAGUCCCUCCCCCCGCCCCCCCAUCUGUAUCUUAUAAUCAGUCUUUUGACUUCUUGGUGCCAGCUGUAUAAGGAAUUAAAGUUGAUUCAUAUCAACAUUUGAACCCCACUCCCAGACAAACCUAUCAGGUUCACUGGUACAUAAAUAUCUAGGAAAUAUUUUUCCAGUCUACAAUUUGGUGGUGCUAUUGUGCAGUAAUUAAUAUGACUCUUGCCAGAGGAGAAAUUAUAUUAACUUCCCUACUAAUAUCCUUUCCUAGUUAUUUGCUCUUUGCAAAUUAAAAGAAAAAAAAGCAACUGAGAGGAAAGAAAACACUGUAGAUAUCUAUUUAUAUUUCAGGUUUACGUUUCAUGAACUUAGCUGCGGGAUUCUGGCAUUUGGUGUGCCACUUCCAUCAGAUCUGACUUCUAGGGAUGACUCAACUAUGUGCACAGGGUGAUGGUAACUGCGUGAUCUGUUAGGCGUGGGUAACGCAACAUGCAGCUUGGAAUGCUAUUUGAGAUGUAUGAUACUCAAUUCACUUACGUGAUUACUUUGGUCUAGUUGCAGCUCAACUGUAUAUAUUGUAUAACCCAAAUCAGUUAUUUUCAUUGUCCUUCAUGCAGUGAUUUAUAAUUAGAGCAUGUUAAUUAAAUUUACUCUCGUUAACUAGUCAUUUGACUAGAAAAAAAUAAAGUACUUUUAAAUGGA